AGACUGCUAAAUGUCUUGGGUCGACCUCCAUCAGCAGCUGUGGGUCCCCCGCGUCCGGAUUUAUCCCCUAGGGGCUUGGUGGUGCUGCCUAGUGGUCACGGUGGGUCCGCGCCUUCCCCUGCGCCCGCCGGCCGCCUCUCCCGCAACUUGCCUGCCUCUCUCCAUGCCUCCAAACGGUGCGCCUUUACGCGGCGCGCUUGUUCCAACCAGCCCUGCCCAGCCCAGCCAGGGGCGGUGGCCUCCUCCUGGUUCAUAAAGCCCAGCUUUGUGGGCGGCCUGCCCAGAACUGGAAAAGAGAGAGAGAGAGAGAGAAAAGGAGCUUUUACCAACCCAGCCAGGCCAGGAAAGGAGGCGGAGGGCGCGCCUGGAAAGCGAGCAGAAAGGGCGGAGCGAAGGCUUGUCCGCCCCGUCGAACAGGCGCUGAGCUCUGUGGGGUGCUGAGAGGUGGGGGGAAAGCAAGCCAGCAAACCACUGAGAUCCCACCCCACUUCGCCCAUGGAGCUGCUGAUCCUGUGGGCCCCCUUGGUGGGCCUUUGCUGCGCGCUGCGCGGCGCGUCCGGAGACAGGCACACGGUGUUUUGGAACAGUACCAACCCCAGGUUUCAGCGGGACAACUACGCCGUGGAGGUCCAGCUGAACGACUACCUGGACAUCAUCUGCCCGCAUUACGAGGACAACAGCGUCGCCCCCCACGCCAUGGAGCGCUACACGCUGUACCUGGUGGAGCGGGAGGAAUACGAAACCUGCAAGCCGCAUUCGAAGGACCAGAUCCGUUGGGAGUGCAACCGGCCGGACGCCCUGCACGGCCCCGAGCGUUUCUCUGAGAAAUUCCAGCGCUUCACGCCAUUUACACUCGGCAAAGAGUUCCAGCCGGGUCACGAAUACUAUUAUAUCUCAAAACCGAUCCAUCAUCAUGGAGAAGCCUGCCUAAAAUUGAGGGUGAUGGUGGCCAGGAAAAACGGGCACACGCUGCCAGGCCAGGAUCCCACCCAGAAGGGGAAACCCCAGUCAGAUGAUCCUGACGCCCCGAUGUCGCGCAGCAUGGGACACAAUUCAGCUCCCCGGCCCUCCAGACCCUUCACCUUUGUCGGCCUGCUGCUGCCGCUGCUGCUGAUGCCCCGUGGACCCUGAAGGGGGCGUAAGCUUAGAGGACUGAACCGAGCCAGGACGUGGCAGAGCUCGCCGGGAACUGGGGGACCCUGGUUUCCUGGGGUGCCCGAAGCAGUGGGCAUGGCAGGAUUAGAGGGGCCGAAUGCCAGGGUCGGCCACUCAGCCGCUGCUAUGUGUUGCCCCACGGAGCGUGGCCGGGUGUGGACCCGAGCAGGCCCUGAGCACUUUGGAGCCACCCGGAAGGUGGUGGGGACGAUCCCACGCAGACCAGAGACUUUCUCUCCCGGAGCCGGCCAAAGCGCGAAGGGCCUGGCGCUCAGCACCCCUGCAGGCCAGAGGUGCACAAAGGCCACGUCGAUGGGACGGACGGAUUCUGGGAAUGGCAUGAAGCCACGGCACAACGUACACGACAACGGGCAGCUACCUUUGACUGUGCAGCCGGACUAAAAUACGGGACGCUAAAAUGGGGGGCUUCCUCGGGGGGUAUCCCUAACUCUUUUUACUCCAGAGAAGCAAACUGGAAACUAGUUUGGCUUCACAGCUCAAACACGCACAAGAAGCCUUCGGUCUAGCAGGGAAGUGAAGGCAUGUGGUUAAACCUUCCCUGCUCUUAUAUUUCGGGGUAGACUUCCACUGGACCUGGAGGUUUAGUUAGCUGCGGAUAGCUGGGACUUCUACCAGGUCCUGCUUCUCCCCCUUCUUAUAGAUCCGGCCUUUCCGUUUUCGAUUUGGGAGCGUGCCACUUCUUAACCUUUCAGGAACAUUAAGAUUUUCCAAGACAGGAACUUUUUCUCCGUAGGUAAGAAAGGCAAAUAUUGACCGCCCUCCGGGCUCUUGACGUUAAGCCACAUAGACAGGGGCUGCAUUCAUGAGAAUAUUUGUUUUUAUAUGUAUAAAAUAAUGUGGGAUCUCUGUACAGUUUUCUUUUGCUGGAAUUUUUUUUAUACUGAAUAAACAACUGAAAAUGAAUUGGCUAUAUUAA